AUGUAUCAAUCUAUCUCAUCUAUCUAUCUAUCUAUCUAUCUAUCUAUCUAUCUGCAUGUAUAUCAUUCUCAUUUUUUUCAUAUCUGUCUAUCUAUCUAUCUAUCUACCUCAGUUUUUUCAUAUCUAUCUCUUUAUCUAGCUAUCUGUCUGUCUGUCACAGUUUUUUUUUUCAUAUCUAUCUAUCUAUCUAUCUAUCUAUCUAUCUUAGGUUUUUUCAUAUCUACCUAUCUCAGAUUUUUUCAUAUCUAUCUAUCUAUCUAUCUAUCUAUCUAUCUAUCUACCUAUCUAUCUCAGUGUUUUCAUAUCUAUCUAUUUAUCUAUCUAUCUGUCUAUCUGUCUCGGUUUUUUUUUCAUAUCUAUCUAUCUAAGUAUCUAUCUAAAUCUGUUCAUAACUGUCUAUCUCUCUUUGUUCAUAUCUAUCUAUUUAUCUAUUUUUUUUCAUAUCUAUCUAUCUAUCUAUCUAUCUAUCUAUCUAUCUGCAUGUAUAUGAUUCUCGGUAUGUUCAUUAUUUAUCUCGAUAUAACCAUUUUUUAUCUAUCUAUCUUAUUAUCUGUCUAUCUUUAUCUAUACCUCAGUUUUUUCAUAUCUAUCUAUUUAUUAUCUGUCUGUCUGUCAUUUUUUUUUCAUUUCUAUCUAUCUAUCUAUCUAUCUAUCUUAGGUUUUUCAUAUCUACCUAUCUCAUUUUUUUAUCUAUCUAUCUAUCUAUCUAUCUAUCUAUCUAUCUAUCUCAGUUUGUUUUCAUAUCUAUCUAUUUAUCUAUCUAUCUAUCUGUUCAUAUCUAUCUCUAUGAUAGUUUUUUAUUCAUAUCUCAGUUUUCUAUCUAUCUAUCUAUCUAUCUAUUAUCUAUCUAUCUAUCUGUAUGUAUAUAUCAAUCUCGGUAUAUUUCAUUAUUUAUCUCGAUAUCAUUUUCUAUCUAUCUAUCUAUCUAUCUAUCUAUCUAUCCAUCUAUCAGUUUUUUAUCUAUCUAUCUAUCUGUCUGUCUUUCUCAGUUUUUUUUCAUAUUUAUCUAUCUAUCUGUCUCUACCUAUCUGUCUAUCUAUCUAUCUAUUAUCUAUCUAUCUAUCUAUCUAUCUAUCUAUCUAUCUCAGUGUUUUCAUAUUCUAUUUUCAUCUAUCUAUCUAUCUGUUUCGGUUUUUUUCUUUGUCUAUCAUCUAUCUAAAUCUGUAUAUUUAUCUCUAUCUGUUCAUAUCUAUCUAUUUAUCUAUGUUAGUUUUUUUAUAUAAUUAUGUAUGUGUCAAUCUAUCUCAGUUUUUUUCAUAUCUAUCUAUCUAUCUAUCUAUCUAUCUAUCUAUCUGCAUGUAUAUGAUUCUCGGUAUGUUCAUUAUUUAUCUCGAUAUAACCAUUUUUAUCUAUCUAUCUAUCUAUCUUAGUUUUUUUCAUAUCUGUCUAUCUAUCUAUCUAUCUACCUCAGUUUUUUCAUAUCUAUCUAUUUAUCUAGCUAUCUGUCUGUCUGUCACAGUUUUUUUUUCAUUUCUAUCUAUCUAUCUAUCUAUCUAUCUUAGGUUUUUUCAUAUCUACCUAUCUCAGAUUUUUUUCAUAUCUAUCUAUCUAUCUAUCUAUCUAUCUAUCUAUCUAUCUAUCUAUCUAUCUCAGUGUUUUCAUAUCUAUCUAUUUAUCUAUCUAUCUAUCUAUCUGUCUUUUUUUUAUAUAAUCUAUCAAUCUAUCUCAGUUUUUUUCAUCUAUCUAUCUAUCUAUCUAUCUAUCUAUCUAUGUAUGUAUAUCAAUCUCAGUAUGUUCAUUAUUUAUCUUGAUAUAACCAUUUUCUAUCUAUCUAUCUAUCUAUCUAUCUAUCUAUCUAUCUAUCUAUCUAUCUAUCUCAUUUUUUUUUUCAUAUCUAUCUAUCUAUCUAAGGUUUUUUCAUAUCUACCUAUCUCAGAUUUUUUCAUAUCUAUCUAUCUAUCUAUCUAUCUAUCUAUCUAUCUAUCUAUCUAUCUAUCUAUCUAUCUAUCUAUCAAUCUAUCUAUCUAUCUAUCUCAGUGUUUUCAUAUCUAUCUACUUAUCUAUCUAUCUGUCUAUCUGUCUCGGUUUUUUUUUCAUAUCUAUCUAUCUAAGUAUCUAUCUAAAUCUGUUCAUAAAUGUCUAUCUCUCUUUGUUCAUAUCUAUCUAUUUAUCUAUUUUUUUUCAUAUCUGUCUAUCUAUCUGUAUAUCUAUCUCCGUAUGUUCAUUAUUUAUCUAUCUCGAUAUAUUCAUUUUCUGUCUGUUUUUCUGUCUGUCUGUCUAUCUAUCUCCGUUCAUAUCUAUCUAUCUAUCUAUCUAUCUAUCUAUCUAUCUAUCUAUCUAUCUUUUAUAAGCAAUAAUACGUGUACCUGCAGCUGUUUCCUUUCCCUACAAACCCCGACCCGUAACCUUCCCAGAUUUGUCUUUUCUCAUGCUUUCCUUCCUGCUCCACGUCACCGCCCAACACAUUCUCGCCUAUGCAUCCGCCUUCUCUUCUGA